CACAGCCAACUCGCCCUCCCGCCGCCUCCCAACCCUCGAGCAACCCUCUUCGAGCCCAGCGAGCGAGACGGUCACCAUGCAGGGCGUCGUACGAGCCGGUGCGCGCGCAGCAGCACGCUCGUCCCGCCAGAUAGUUGCGGCUUCUGGUCGGAGGUCCUUUCCUCGCGCCCUCGUCGCCAGCACCACCCCGAGCCGCCUGUACACCACGGGAGACGGCCAGAAGUCGUCCGUAUACGCCGCGUUCCUCAACCUGCUCGCCAGCGCCAGCUCUCGCAGGGAAGUCGACCAGUACCUCGGCCAAUUCCGCUCCGUCAAGCCGCACCAGUUCGCCGUAGUCAAGGUAGGAGGUGCCAUCCUCACAGACCACCUCGAUGAGCUAUGCUUUGCUCUGCAGCAAUUGCACGCCAUUGGGCUGUAUCCCAUCAUUGUCCAUGGAGCUGGUCCCCAGAUGAACCAGACUCUCUUGGACUCUGGUGUCGAGCCGGACUUUAUCGAUGGGAUAAGAGUCACAGACAAGAAGACGCUCGGCAUUGCGCGCAAGCUCUUCUUGGAGGCCAACAUGGACCUUGUCAUGACACUUAAGAGAAAUUGGGGAGUCCCUGCCCGUCCCAUCACCGCUGGUGCUCUGCAGGCGGACUACCUCGACAAGGAGAAGUGGAAGUACGUUGGCAACAUCACCAAGAUCAACCCCAGGGCGAUCAUGGAUGCCAUUGAGAACAAGGAGCUUCCCAUUCUGUGCUCCAUGGCUGAGACUGAGGAUGGCCAGAUCCUGAAUGUCAACGCCGAUGUCGUUGCUGCUGCUCUUGCGCGCCAGUUCGAGCCCAUGAAGGUCAUCUACCUGUCCGAGAAGGGUGGGCUGUUCAACGCCGAGACUGGCAAGCUCAUUUCCCACAUCAACUUGGAGGGUGAGUACGAUAGCUACCUGAAGCAGCCCUGGGUCAGGUACGGCACCAAGCUUAAGAUCGUUGAGGCCAAGAAGCUCCUGGACGGCCUCCCACGCACAUCUAGCGUCGCCAUCACUCACCCCCAGAACCUUGGAAAGGAGCUGUUCACACACACUGGUGGCGGUACCCUGAUUCGCAACGGCGGCAGCGUGAAGGAGGUCAGCGAGUUCGAAGACUUGGACGUUGAUGCGCUUUCCCAGGCAUUGGCUAGGGAGCACGGAGGCGCCGAGGCCACCAACGCCGUCAAGCAGUACAUCGAGAAUCUUAAGAGCCGCCCCUUUGAGGCAUUCUUCGACGAUUCUAUGGGUGUCGUUACUAUCGUAUACCCUCCCGGUAAGGACGGCGAAUUCGCUCAGCUCUCGACCUUCACCACGACCAAGGACGCUUUCCUCACCAAUGUCUCCGACCUUGUAUUCGAGCGCAUGAAGCAGAAGUACCCCAAGAUGUACUGGGUUGUCGAGAGCCAGGAGCAGAACCUCGUCAAGUGGAACUUGGAGAAGACUGACGGCUUCCUUCGCCGCGAGAAGGAGAUCUUCUGCUGGUGGGGAUCAGCAGAGUCUUCCGAGAUCUUCGGUCUCUUGGAGAAUUACUCGAAGCAGGGCCGCUCCAUUCUUAAGGACAGCCUGGAGUCGCAGUUCAGGAGGGCAGCAGACUUUGUUGCGGGUCUCAAGCAGGGUCAGCAGACCCGCAGCUACUCGACCAUCGCUGGAUCACGAACAAUGGGCCAGUCUGCCAGGCCAUCAUUGAGGCAGAACAAGAUCGCACCGGCUGCAUCCCGUGGCUUCGCAACCACUGCAUCGCGCUCCCAGGACUCCACCAACCCCAACCCGCCAUACGGCAACAAGUUCGCAAGCAAGGACUACCCCUCGAAGGUUGCUCUCAUUGGUGCUCGUGGAUACACAGGCCAGGCGCUCAUCGAUCUGUUGAACAAGCACCCCAACAUGGAUCUGCGUCACGUCUCAUCUCGUGAGCUCAAUGGCCAGAAGCUGGAGGGCUACACCAAGCGCCAGAUCACAUACGAGAAUCUGUCUCCCGACGAUGUUGAGGCGCUGGCCAAGAAGGGCGAAGUUGACUGCUGGGUCAUGGCCCUACCCAAUGGUGUCUGCAAGCCUUUUGUGGAGGCCAUCGAGAGGUCUGGCAACACACAGUCCGUCAUUGUAGACCUCAGCGCCGACUACCGAUUCGACGACAAGUGGACUUACGGUCUCCCCGAGUUGAUUCCCCGCCGCAAGCUCGAUGGCGCUACACGGAUAGCCAACCCUGGCUGCUACGCAACCGCCGCUCAGCUCGGUAUCGCACCUCUUCUCGACUUCAUCGGUGGACAGCCCACUGUCUUCGGUGUCUCUGGUUACUCGGGAGCGGGCACCAAGCCCAGCCCCAAGAACGACGUGAACAACCUCACCAACAAUCUGAUCCCUUACAGCUUGGUCGACCACAUCCACGAGAGGGAGAUCUCGAGGCAACUGGGCACUGAGGUAGCGUUCAUUCCUCACGUCGCUGUCUGGUUCCAGGGUAUCCACCACACCAUCUCCAUUCCUCUUAACCGCACCAUGACCUCGCGCGACAUCCGCAACCUGUACCAAGAUCGCUACGCCGGUGAGAAGCUCGUCAAGAUCGUUGGCGAGUCGCCGCUCGUCAAGAACAUCUCGGGCAAGCACGGUGUUGAGAUCGGUGGUUUCGCUGUUCACAGCUCGGGCAAGCGCGUCGUGAUCAACGCUACCAUUGACAACCUGCUCAAGGGUGCGGCGACACAGUGUCUGCAGAACAUGAACUUGGCUCUUGGCUAUGGCGAGUACGAGGGUAUUCCGUACUAGAUGGACAGAAUCUUGGAGAGCUCGUUGGUACUAUCGAGACAUCAUCGGAAUGUGUAUAUCCCAGCCAUGGGUGGGAAUGCACGUUUGGGUUUGGCCGAAGAGGGAAAGAGAGAAGAAGUCAAGGUUGAGUUAGGCAAGAAGUUGAAGCAUCAACAUCAGGCGCACAUUGGGUGGCGGCGCAAAGCACCAUUAGACAUGGCUUUUUCCUUGUACAUACCACAUUGUACUGCUUGUAUGGUAUAGAGCGUAAAAGCGCUAGGGGGGGCUGUUCAAUCAUAAUUCAUACUCAACA